AUGGCCACUCAACGUCAAUACUAUCAGCCCACUGCUGCUCUCCCCAUCAACAUGCCAUCGAAGGCUCCGGCGAGCGCCAACUUGUUUCCGGUCAGUCGUGUGGCCGGCUCGCCGCCAGAGAUCUCCGACAGCAGCACCACGGCAGGCAGCCGUACUUCCGGCUAUAGUUUGGGGCCCAGCAGCUAUGCCGGCAGCCUCAGCGGCGACUAUGAGUCGAGCACGACCUCUUACUCCGGAGUUGAUGUUGUCGACAUGCUGAGCGACCGCAUGAACAAUGCUUUCGACCCGACCCCCCUCGACAAGGGACUGGCGAAGCAGGCACAGGCAUCCGGUCAACUCAAUGCCAAGCAGCGCGAGCUCCUGGAGCUGCAAGCUCUUGCUCAACGGCGCCUUAAGGGCGUCCGCGCCAACUUCUCAGAGGGUAUCAAGACCGCUAAAGAGACGAAGCGUGAUCUUGAAUGGACCCAGAAGCGUGUUAGCGCGCUCAAGAGCAAGGCGGAAAGCGCUCACCCAGAUGAAUACCGACGCGCAACGAGAACGUAUACGUACGAUGACGAGUACUGA